UAAAAGUGGAGUUGCUGUGGAAAUUAAAAUGCUUACUGCUGCUCGGGUUUAAUUCCGAACGUGCUGACUGGACGUUUUCUUCCUUCUCAGCGCUGCAGUCACCUCCUGCGAUUCAAGUUAAAAACUGCAUGGAGGACGGCGUGCCGGCGCUGACUCUGACGUGCAGUGUAGACGGCGUGUACUCGCAGAGAGAAGCGACAAUCCAGUGGCUUCACGGGGACAGUGUACUGAAGGAGGAAGAAUUUGGAGAUUUCGCUGUCACAUCAGAAUACAGGAUGUCCCCACAGAACACAGAAGAUGACAUUGUCUGCAGAGUGACAGUACAUGUUGGCGACGACGACCCGAAAAUAAUAACCAAAUCAAGCAGCAUUUCACCAAGUGAUCUGUGUAAAUAUGAGGUGAUCAUACCGAGCGAGACAAUUGCCGAAGUGGGGACCCUCACUAUGAUCGAGUGCCGGAGCACAGGGUGCGACUCUCCAGAGUAUUGGUGGUCCACAGUAGAAGACAUUCCCACGCCGGGGUCAUCUGAAAAUAACCGAAUCAACAUUAUCCCCAAAGUGGAGCACGAUGGCUACCUUUACGUGUGCAAUGUGAAGUGCGGACGCGAAACAAAACAAAAACGGACGAAACUGACGGUGUUCGCUCUCCCUUCACCGCCUGUAAUUCAAGCUAAAAACGGCACGGAGGACGGCUCGGCGGCGGUGACUCUCACGUGCAGCGCGGACGGCGUGUACUCAAAGAGAGGAGCGACAAUCCAGUGGCUGCACGGGGACAGUCUACUGAAGGAAUUUCACGAUUCUGCAGUGACAUCGGAAUACACGUCGGAAUACAGGGUGUCCCCAAAGAAUGGAGAGGGUUACAUCGUCUGCAAAGUGACAAUACUUGUUGGCGACCAUGACAACGACCAGCAAAUAAUAACUAAAUCAAGCAGCAUAUCACUAAGUGACCUGUAUGCUCCGUCGCAGGUUCGCAUCUCAGUGUUUCCAGACAGCACCGUGAGAGAAGGCGAUAUGGUGAACCUCAGCUGUGCUGCCGACAGCAGAUGGCCACCUCAGAUACGAUGGAGCCGAAGACUCGCCAACGGGCAGUUUGAAAAAGUCUCCGAUGACGCCGUGUUGCUGAUCGAUGAGGCGCUGCAGACUCACGGCGGGACGUACCAGUGCGAAGCUUUCAGCGUGUACGGGAGCAGCUCGGCUAACGUCAGCGUCACAGUUGAAGCUGCCUCUUUCGAAGCUGAAACCCGGCCUGUGCAAGGCAGGACCACUGUGAUGCUGGGAAGCCCACUGGAUGUGAUUUGCUGUGCCGAUGGUUGCUCUUCUCCGCACUUUAACUGGACUAAAGAAAUGGACAACCCUUCAAACAGCAGUACUCUGGCUCUGGAGUCCCGGCUCUCAUUCCCAGGCGUCAGAGUUGAGGAUGGAGGUUCUUACCUCUGUGAGGUCAGGUGUGGAUCUGUGAGGAAAUCCAGUCGCAUUCAGAUCACGGUCUAUGCUUUUCCUCAGGAUCCUGUCAUUGAUUCUGUCGGCAUCUUCCGGGAAGGAGAAGAAGCUACGGUCACCUGCACCAUCCAAGAUGUGUACCCGGCCAGCAGUAUGGAGAUCCAAUGGCUGGAAGGAGAAACAAUUUUAGAGUCCCACACAGGAAGCGGUGCUGUGGUGCAGAACGUCACCUCCUGCUAUAAGUGGGCCCCCAAAGCCGAGGACAGAAAGAAGCAGGUGUCCUGCAGAGCCGUGCUGCACGUGGACGGGAUACCAGAGGAGCAAAGGAGCAGACUGGCUGUGGCGGACAUCGAUGUGUUCAUCCCGCCCAGGAACACGACUGUGCAGGUCCAUCCAUUAGCCGAGGUUCAAGAGGGAGAAGACGUCACCAUCUUCUGCCAAACGAUCAGCUACCCACCCUCAACAAUGACCUUAAAGAAAGUAGGGGACAGCGCCAGCUACUCUUCUAGUGACGGGAACUUCUCGCUUUACAACCUCACGCUAAAAGACUCGGGCCGCUAUGAGCUGAAUGUCACCAACGAGGCGGGUUACGAGGUUGAAGUUAUCGAGAUUACAGUUGAACGCAGAUGUGAACCCCUGCAGGCCCCUCCUUUUAUGGCAAAAAUCGUCGUACCCGCUCUGUGUUUGGCGACGCUGGCAUUGGUGGCGUUUUUCAUUUCGAAGCUGAAGAAGAAAUUACGCACCAAGGGGACGUAUGAAGUCACCGAGCUGGUGGCCAUGGCAGUGUUUUGCGGUAAGGUAGUAAACGGGGGAUUUUAUUUUACUUCAGGUACAAAGAACUUUAUCUGUGAUAUGUCCCCGUGCUUUCUGUCGGUAUUUCCGUUCCUCUUUUGCUCUAUAAAGGGCGUUUCUUUGACCAGCCGGUCGCAGACGCACAAGCGCAGGCAGACGUGGAUUAUACGGCAACCGCUCCAGCUGCAGAGCCCGCAUUCUUCUCGGACUUUCGUGCUCUUCGCCGGCGGCUCCACUGGGCUCUCACGGUUACUCAAGAUGGCUUUAAAACUGACGUUCGCUCUCUGGAUGAUUUUACUGUGUGACGUAAUUGCAGGUGACGAUCAGGAGAUCAUCCCGAACAAAAUCGUCACCAGAGCGGGACGCUACACCGAGUUCGAGUGCCGCAGUCGCGACUGCAGCUCUCCGCUGUACGUCUGGUCCACCGUGAGCGACGACUCGCUGCCGGGAAAAGUGGAUGGCAACCGGGUGACCGUCACGCCGACGGUGGAGAACGACGGCUUCAUCUACGUGUGCACAGUGAAGUGCGGGGCCACCAUCAGACAGGGCAGCACACGGCUGGUGGUCUUCGCUCUCCCUGAGCAGCCCGAGAUUAAAGUCGAGGGUCCUCUUGCAGUGGGUCAAGAAGUGAAGCUCACCUGUGAAGUGGCCGACGUGUACGGCCCCGACGCCAUCACAAUCCAAUGGCUGGAAGGAGAGCGUGUCGUGAAGGAGGACGAGGAGCCCCUCGAUGGGGAGGUGCGCACCGUGAGGUCCUCGCUGACCAUUGUGCCGCUGGAGGAGGACGACGAGCGGAGCUUCGUUUGCAAAGCCACUUUGGUGAUGGAGGGACUUCAUGGAGAAGAUGCCCAGCGCUGCAUCAGCAGCAGCUUUCCUUUAAGUGUGCCCUUGCCACCUAAGAACACCUCCAUCUUCGUUUCACCCAGCCACAUCCUCAAGGAAGGGGACAUGCUGACCAUCACCUGCGCCACCCGCAGCAACCCAAAGGCGGCCAUCAGCCUGUGGAGAAAACCAGAAAGUGGAGGUCGAGAGCCACUGGUGGCCAAAGCAGCUUCUUAUACACUAGAAAGUGUCCAGAUGGAAGACGCGGGGGUCUACGAGUGCGAAGCCGUCAACAGAUUUGGCAAUGGCACCGCUGACAUCAAGAUUUCUGUUCAAGUCCCACCCAGAAACACGACGAUUCUGGUUCUUCCGUCCGCCGAGGUGGAGGAAGGAGAGAACAUCACCAUCUCCUGCCACACCAUUGGCUACCCACGGCCAACGAUGACCUUGAAGAAGAUGGGGAACAGCGCCUCCUACUGCUCCAGCAACGGCACCUUUGAGCUGUACUUCCUCACGGAGGACGACACCGGGCUGUACGAGCUGAACAUCACCAAUGACGUGGGGUACGAGGUCCAGACGUUCAACAUCACAGUCGAGCCCAGAGUCGAAGGACAGAAAAGCCCACCUUACCGAGCCGAAAUCCUCGUCCCUGUCAUCUGUGUGUCUGCACUCGUCUCCAUCGCACUCGGAGUUUUGUAUCCGCUGCUGAAGUCGAGGCUCACGGGGGGCUAUCAGCCCACCUUAAGUGGCCCACAGGCCAUCUAGAGGGGACGCUGCCAGCGAGCCCACAACCCCGGCGUUUUCUGUUGGACCAUUAAGGCCUUCCUGUGGGGUUCUGCUCUGGGCAAGUGGCGGUCAUCUUAAAAGGACUUCUGCAGGGUCGGCCCGGAGCCAUAAAAAGAAAACCAUAAAAUAAACCUGGCAGCUCGGCCCCCUUUUGUCCAUUGUGUAAAGACUGGAAGAAACGCCGCGCCACAGGGUGCCACUCGACGCGGGCUCAGCCUUUGUGAAUCAGUAUUGUCAGCAAAGCGGGCACAAUAAAGACACCAUUGAAGGGGGUGGCACAGGGCGGCCAGAUGGCACCAGAGCACCCAGCAACGUGGCGCAGCUUGUCUUCCGAGGACGCCUGCCAUGUAAGUGGCGAGGAGUCUGUGAGAAGGGGACGAGGACAGCAGAAGGUCGGCGGAGCCUCGUUAAGUCAUCUCUAAAGAGCCCAAAGGGAAAGAAGAGAAAUGGAGGACUGCGGACGUCUC